UCCGGUAGUAUCACCCGCUCGCUUUCUUUCCGGGGUGGGACUUCCUGUUUGUCAUUGACAGGCGCCGGGCUGCAGAUCUGGUUGGAGGACAGCACAGGAGGGCUCCGCCCCCAGCGUCCUGUGGCCAUGACGACCGGCCCGCGGGACUCCCUGUUGUGGAAGCUCGCGGGGCUGCUGCGGGAGUCCGGGGAUGUGGUCCUGUCUGGCUGUAGCACACUGAGCCUGCUGACUGCCACACUGCAGCAGCUGAACCACGUGUUUGAGCUGUACCUGGGGCCGUGGGGCCCUGGCCAGACAGGCUUUGUGGCUCUGCCCUCCCACCCCACCGACUCGCCCGUCAUCCUUCAGCUUCAGUUCCUCUUCGACGUGCUGCAGAAAACACUUUCACUCAAGCUCAUCCAUGUCCCUGGUCCUGGCCUCCCAGGGCCCAUCAAGAUUUUUCCCUUCAAGUCCCUGCGGCAGCUGGAGCUCCGAGGUGUCCCUGUUCACUGCCUCCGCGGCCUCCGUGGCAUCUAUUCCCAGCUGGAGACCCUGAUUUGCAGCAGAAGCAUCCAGGCAUUGGAGGAGCUCCUGUCGGCCUGUGGUGGCGACCUCUGCUCUGCGCUGCCCUGGCUGGCUCUGCUUUCUGCCGACUUCAGCUACAACGCACUGACUGCCUUAGACAGCUCAUUGCGUCUCUUGUCAGCUCUGCGCUUUUUAAACCUGAGCCACAAUCAACUCCAGGACUGCAGGGGCUUCCUGGUGGACUUGUCUGAGCUCUGCCAUCUGGACAUCUCCUACAACCACCUGCAUUUGGUGCCGACAAUGGGACCCUCAGGGCCUGCUCUGGGGACCCUGAUACUGCGAGGCAAUGAGCUCCGGAGUCUGCGUGGCCUGGAGCAGCUAAGGAACCUGCGGCACCUGGACGUGGCAUACAACCUGCUGGAAGAACACAGAGAGCUGUCGCCACUGUGGCCGCUGGCUGAGCUCCGAAAGCUCUACCUGGAGGGGAACCCUUUGUGGUUUCACCCUGCGCACCGAGCGGCCACCGCCCAGUACUUGUCACCCCGAGUCAAGGAUGCUGUUCCCGGGUUCCUUCUUGAUGGAAAAGUCUUGUCACUGACUGAUUUUCAGACCUCCACGUCCUCAGAGGCCCCAACUUUGCCCUGCCCAGUGGGGAGUACCACCGAAACCUCAGGUGGCGCUGACUUGAGUGACAGCCCGUCCUCAGGGGGCGUCAUAGCCCAGCCGCCACUUCGUAAGGUUAAGAGUCGAGUCCGUGUGAGGCAGGCAAGUAUCUCAGAACCCAGUGAUACAGACCCAGAGCCCCGGACUCUGGACCCUUCCCCGGCUGGACGCUUUGUGCAGCAGCAUCGAGAACUUGAACUCAUGAACAGCUUCCGGGAGCAGUUUGGCCGUGAUUGGCUGCAGUAUAGGAAUCACCUGGAGACCUCAGGGACCCCCGUUCUGGUUGCCUCCAAGACCCCUGCCCUCAGCACACUGCCCCCAGGCGCCCUGAGCCCAGAGACUAUGCCUAGUCCCGCAACUGGCCCUGUGCCCUCAGAGAACGAGUCACCACAGGAAAUGGCAGAGGAGGUCAGGGUGGGGCUGGAGCCACAGGAAGAAGAGGAGGAGGAGGAGCAGGAGCAGAAUGAAGUGGAAGCGGAGCUCUGUCGCCCCAUAUUGGUGUGUCCCCUGGAGGGGCCCCAAGGCGUGCGGGGCAGGCAGUGCUUCCUCCGGGUCACUUCCAGUCACCUGUUUGAGGUGGAACUCCAAGCAGCUCGAACCCUGGAACGGCUUGAGCUCCAGAGUCUGGAGGCAGCUGAGAUAGAGUCCGAGACCCAAGCCCAGAGGGAACCAGUACCCGAGGGCUCAGAGCUGCCCUCUGGGGCCCCCAUCCUCACUUUGCGCUUUUCUUACAUUUGCCCGGACCGGCACUUACGUCGCUAUGUGGUGCUGGAGCCUGAUGCCCAAGCCGCUGUCCAGGAGCUGCUUGCUGUGUUGACCCCAGCAAUCACUGCAGCUCGGCGUCAGCUUGGGGAAGCGAGGGACCUGCUGGGGGACAGACUUCAGUGUCUACGUUGUGGCCACGAGUUCAAGCCAGUGGAGACCCAGUUGGGACUGGACAGUGCAGAAGGCUGGAGGCCUCUGUUCCAGAACACAGAAUUUCCUGCUGUGUGUCCAAACUGUGGUAGUGACCACGUGGUCCUCCUGGCUCUGUCUGUGGAAGCCCCCAGCGUGGAGCAGACACAGGAAGAGCAGGUGCCAGCUCCCUCGCAGUCCCCUGGCACUGUCCACGACCCUCCCGGCCACAGUGACCCCAGCGACCGCGGCAGCAGGGCCGACAGCGCCCCAUUUCAGGCACUGAUCGCAGACCAGCACAGGUGGAGCCUCAGCCCCCCCCCUGAGCGCUCUGGCCUCCGCUCGGUGGACCACCGACUCCGGCUAUUCCUGGACGUCGAGGUGUUCACCGAUGCCCAGGAGGAGUUCCAGUGCUGCGUCAAGGUGCCACUGGUGUUGGCAGGCCAGCCUGGGGAGUGUCUGUGUCUCGUGGUUGUGUCUGACCACAGGCUUUAUGUGUUGAAGGUGACGGGGGAGAUCUGCGGACCUCCAGCUAGCUGGCUCCAGCCAGCCCUGGCUGUCCCCCUGCAGGACCUGAGUUGCAUAGAGCUGGGCUUGGCCGGACAGAGCCUGCGGCUGGAGUGGGCGGCUGGGGCAGGCAGCUGUGUCCUGCUGCCCCGAGAUGCCAAGCAUUGUCGGGCCUUCCUAGAGGAGCUCACUGAUGUCUUGCAGUCUCUGCCCCCAACGUGGAGAAGCAAUGUCAGCACCAGGGAGGAGGAGGUGACCCCGAAGCACCGACUCUGGCCACUGCUGGAAAGAGACUCUUCCUCGGACCCUCCCCAGUUCUUCUACCUUCGGGUGUUCCUGGUUGAAGGCCCUGCUACCUGCCCUGUGUCCCUGUUGCUGACUCCGUCUACCCUGUACCUGUUAGAUGAGGACCUUCUGGGGUCCCAGGCAGAGGCCCCUCUUCCAGCAGCAUCUGGCGAGGCCUCUGAGAAGGCCCCGCCCCUGGGGCCAGGCCCUUCCUUGUGUGUCAGGGAGCAGCAGCCACUCAGCAGUCUGAGCUCCGUGCUGCUAUAUCGCACGGCCCCGGAGGAUCUACGGCUGGUCUUCUACGAUGAGGUGUCCCGGCUGGAGAGUUUUUGGGCACUCCGUGUUGUGUGUCUGGAGCAGCUGACGGCCCUGCUGGCCUGGAUCCGGGAGCCCUGGGAACGGUUGUUUUCCAUCCGACUCCGCACUGUGACCCAAGAUGCUCUAGAACUUGACCGCUGAGGCCUCCACACCGCCCCUGCCCCUGGCCGCAGGAGCCAUGGUUGCAGAUGUUCUCUCGCCAGACUCUUUAGCCUUUGGGUGCUGGCCAGUGAGGCCCCAAAUGACCCACGGCCCAAGGGAAGGGUGAGGACACCGUCGGGCCUCUGGAGGAUCUGGCCUGAGCGGACAGGCUCAGUGGUCCGUAGGAAUGUUUCUCCAGCACUGUUUUCUCAGGUAUCAAUAA